UUCCUCACCCUGCGCCCAUCCCUUUGGAAGAAAAAGAAAAAUUCACACAGACCAACGACGGCGAGAAAAAGAGCGAGGGAAAAAAGUCGUGAGGGAAGCGAGAGCCAAAAAAACCAAACAAGAGAAGCCAAAUGAAAAAGUUGGACGACGAGGACGAAGCCGACCAGAGACCAGAAUAGACGCCUUAACGCAGUUUACAGUUAUGCCGCUUCACAAAUCAACCCGGGCCCCUCGCCUCGACCCCACCAUGAUCUCAGCGCCACUGGGUGACUUUCGCCACACCAUGCACAUUGGACGGGGAGGUGAUGCCUUUGGGGACACCUCCUUCUUGUCCACACUUGGCCCUAGUCCACCCAGCUCUGACCCGGGGAGUCCAGGUUUCGCGCCUGCUGCCGAUCCUGAGGUGGCCAUUAACCACAGUGAUCUUUAUUCAGAUGCUCCAGGAAGCCCACAGAACGAUGAGCUUCAGCACUCUGAGUCAGUGUCUUCAUUCACCCUGGACUUGGACCUGGAUUUGGGCCCGUCUAUGCUGGGAGAUGUAUUAGGAGUGAUGGACGGAUUGGGGCUUGACUCCAAUGAGGAGGAUGUGUUCAGUCUCAAAAGUGUCACAUCCUCAGUGGAAACAAAGCAGGGAAAAGGAGCCAUGGAGGAGUCUGUGAAUUUGCAGAACGAGCUGAAUGGGAAGAACUUGGUUGGGUUGGAUGGAAACCAGGUGGGCGACGGCAGGAUACCAGAUGGGAAUGGGAUCAAGCCAAAGGGGUUAAAACCAAAAGUGAGAUUCAGUGACAAGCGAGAGGAGAUCAUUCGCCAGGCGUCUGAAGAGGACGAAGGUCAAGCGUUUGACUUCCAGGAUGAGAAUACGCUGGUGUGUCAAAGUCCAACAAGAGGUGAGAUUGAGAGGGCCGAGGGCCGAGUGGGAGAAGGUGAAACUGAGUUCAUCAAUCACAAAGUAGAUUUGCCACCUAGUCCUGCCUCAUCAAAUAGCUCCGAGUAUGAAGACACCCAAUUGGACAGGAGGAGGGUCGACAGCUGCCACUCAGAGACUGAUUCAGAGGAGGAGGGGGAAGCAGGGAGAGGCUACACAUUUGAAGAUGAGUUUGAUGAUGAAAUUGGUCUAUAGGGGAAUGAUAUGGUUUCCCCUUGAAAAAACAAAUCUUUGCUGUUGAGUAAAUCAAGGAUACUGUAUUUUCCUUAACUCAUUAUUUCAGUAUCUUGCAAGUGGGAGGCUUAAACAGAAUAUAUAUGAAUGCAAACUGGAUUUUUCAAGAGGUAUGCAGUUCAGACGAUGUUGCUCAACUGGAAAAUACAUUUUAAUGUUUUAUCUACAAGGGCAACAGAUUUGCCAAAGACUGCCAUUUUGAUCAAAAAAAGAAAUGUCACUUACGUUAUUACAGUGGAAAAGUUUGUAGCACUUUGACUGAUUUCAUUCACCUGGAAGCUUUGCUUUGAAACUGAUGCUCAGUGGAAAGUUAAAUUCAGGCAAAAUGAAUGAUGCUUGCAUUGUAAUUUUUUCUUGUCCUUUAUUUGCCAAAGUGCACACAACAGGAGUUGUGACAUCAGAGCUUUAUGUUAUAGUGGAGCUGUACUUAUUAUUGUACCCUGUGCUAUACCAAUGUCUUAUAUUAAUUUUCUGUAUUGCAUGUUUAUAACAGUCUCGUCGUUGUCUCUUGAUGCUUAUUACAUUUGAAAACUUUACAAAAGGAUCCCCAGAGAUACUGUCAGAAAAUAAAGUUAUCCUGUGUAUUAUGAACUACUGUGAAUUUAUCACAUUCCUAAUCUGACAGUUCCUCUGGUUUAAACCAAAUCUGUGAGUUUUCUUACAUACCAAAGUUUCUUGGGGCUGUGGGGCUGGACUGAUACUAAAAUGCUCAGACAAUCAUGGGAUUUAAAGGUCAAAUUGUAAAUCAGGACCAGCAGUGUAUUUUUGUACAUGUUUUUUUUCCUCAUGUAUAAUGCUGGGGUCUGGAGUCUUAUUGCAUAAUGCUGUAAAAGGGAGAGAUCAUUAUGUUCAACCUGUUGAAAAUGCUGGUUUAAUCACAACUUGUGGUUUAACAAGGAUUACAGUGAAAACAAUAAAACCAUUAUUGGGAUUUUUAAAUAAUCA